AUGGCUGUUGAAAACUACGACAUUAUCAGCAAAUUGCAUAGCAAUAAAGCAAUUAUGUUAGCCGUUGCAAUACCUCUAGUUCUUUGCAAACUUUUGUGGAAAAAAUGGAAAAAUUAUCCUCGCAAUCCAUUUCGAGAUGAAUUUGUACGAAAACCAGAGCCGGUGGAACUUAAUCAAACGAAACGAGACAAGGUUUUGAAAGUUGGAUUCAAAAAAGAGAGAAUACCCGAAGAUCUAGAUGCCAUUGUGAUUGGGAGCGGAAUUGGAGGUUUAACUUGUGCCGGAUGUUUAUCGAGAUCGGGAAAGAAGGUCCUUGUCCUUGAACAACAUGACAGAGCUGGAGGAAGUUCCCACACGUACGAAGAAAAAGGUUUUGAAUUCGACGUAGGAAUUCAUUAUGUUGGGGAACUAGAACCUGGAUCGAUGAAUCAUAUCAUUUUUGAUGUACUUACUGAUGGACAACUCGUCUGGGAAGAAAUGAAUAAAGAAUUCGACGCUGUUGUUUUACGCAAAAAUGACAAAUUACAUAAGAUGUACAGCUAUUGUGCUGGUGCAGGUGACUACGAAAAGAGACUAAUGAAGUAUUUUCCUAAAGAGGAGAAGGCGAUUAAAAAGUUUAUUUCUCUAGCUGAAAGGUGCAAGAAGUCCAUACUCGGAUAUUCUAUUAUGAAGAUGCUCCCAAUAGGACUGGUCAAAUUUCUGAUGAAGAUUGGCGUGUUUGACAUUUUUUUCAGUGGGUAUAAUGAGAUGGUUGAAACUAGUGUCAAAGAAGUUCUAGAUGAAAUCACUGAGAAUGAGGAAUUGAAGUUUGUACUUGGAUAUGCGUUUGGUGAUUACGGCACGUUCCCUUCAAAAGCGCCUUUCCUACUGCAAGGAGUUCUAACCAAACACUUCUACGAUGGAGCUUAUUAUCCAAGAGGUGGAUCCAGUGAAAUAGCUUAUCAAAUGAUCCCAGGAAUUGUUAGGAAUGGUGGAGCCGUCUUAGUGAGGGCGCCAGUUAAUCAAAUCAUCGUCGAAGAGGGAAAAGCAACAGGAGUGAAAGUUUUUAAAAAUGGGAUCGAACACGAAAUUCGUGCUCCAGUGGUAGUUUCAACUGCUGGUUUUUACAACACAUACCAAAGUCUUUUAGGAAAAUCGAUCAUAGCUCAGUUCGGCCUUACCAAUAUAUGUGAGAAGGUAGACAGAGGCUUAGCAUGUUUCCAGACAUUAGUUGGCCUGAACGGCACUACAGCGGAUUUGGGAUUAAAAAGUUGCAACUAUUGGACAUACGGAAAACUUGACGGUGAAAAGCACAUGGUGGAAUAUUUGUCUUUGCCCAGAGAAGAAGCUGUCAAUACCGAUAUACCCGCAGCAUUCGUAUCUUUUCCAUCCUCAAAAGAUUCCACUUGGGACUCCAGGCACCCCGGAAAAUCGGUUUGUGUUAUUGUAACCUUGCUAAACUGGGAGUGGUUUGAAGAAUGGGAACAUGAAAGGGUUAAGAAAAGAGGACCAGUAUAUGAAAAUUUGAAAAAGUCAUUCCAAGACAAAAUGCUGAAACUCAUGCUAAACAUCCAUCCCCACCUCGAAGAUAAAAUAGAAUACAUUGACAGCGGUACUCCGCUCAGUCAUAAAUAUUAUAUUGGAUCACCGACAGGAGAUAUUUAUGGCAUUGAUCACACAAGAAAACGAUUUAAGCCUGAGUUGGGUAUGGAGUUGAGGCCGGAGACAAAAAUUCCCGGACUUUAUCUCUCUGGCCAAGAUAUAUUUUCUUGUGGAGUUAUAGCGGCUUCAGCAGCGGGGAUGAUGACAUCGGGAGCUAUAUUAGGACGAAAUCAUUUCAUUGACUUGUUUGCAUUGAUGGCAAAAAGAAAAUUUAAUCACGCGUUCAAAGGCAUUUAG